CACCUUGGCCGCUCCAGCGCCCUCAAGGAGAACUGUGAGGUCAAUCUCCGUUCUCUCAAUCAACGAAUCCGCAACGAUGGUCGGCGUCCUCCGCUCCCUCGGCGCGCCCGCGCCUCUUGGCUUCCUCAACGGCGAGUGGCAGCGCCGCUGCGACUACGGCGGCCGCGCGCACUACAGCAAGGAAGCGGGCGCGGCCGGCGGCGCUGGUGCGGCAGCAGUGGAGCUGCACAUCUUCUUCGACGGCGAGGGGUGGGCGAUCGGCGCGCUUGGCAGCGGCCGCGGCGACGCCUACGCCUUCGCCGCGUCCGACGCGCUCCACCCCAACACAGUCGACAAGGAGGCGUGGCGGCUGCGGCUCGCAGGCGCGUCGUACCAGUCCUCCUCCUUCUUUUCGGUGCAGACGGAGGGUCCGAACAGCGAGGCGGAGCCCUUCUCGAUGGAGGAGCUCGGCGUCGACUACUUCCUCCGCGCGCCCCCAAAGUCGCGCCGCGUCGUCUGGUUUGUCGACCCGACUAGCGACAAGGGCACCGUGCUGCACUCUGCCGCAAAGAGCACGGCGGCGACGGGCGGAGGGGGGCGCGGGCAGCCGGGCAAGCGGUACUGCCACCUCUGCCACCGCUGCGUCUCCGCAAACAACUGGGUCUCGCAGCACCUCGCCAACACCCACCGCGCCGCCGCGCCGACGGGGCUGCUUGCCAUCAGCACGGGCGACGAGAAGACCGUCGAGGUGCGCUGGGUGCCGCCGCACGCCGGCGGGCCGGUGCUGCCGGUGACGGCGUACCAGCUGUCCGUCUCCUUCGACGAGGGCGCCACGUGGAGCGAGAACCUCUCCCCCUCUUUUGCCGACAAGACCGCCCCCGCGGCCCGAGUCGAGAUUGCGCGGCUGCAGGCUCUCGCGCCGUCGGGCGCCUCGUCGCUCCGCUUCGCAGUGGCGGCGGUCAACGUGGCGGGGACCGGCUGCAAGAGCGACGCCUCGCCGCCCGUCUCGCUCGCCGGCGGCGUCGCGUGCGCGCCAAAGCGCCUCCGCCACUCCUCCUUCACCCCCCCCACCAUCGACCUCGCCGCGGGCACGGUUCACAGCUCGCACGCCGCGCCGGCGCCGUUCCUCACCUCGGCCACAAUCUCGUCGGGCCUCUUCGGCGGCGCAGUCUUCGGCGGCUUCGGCGGCGGCGCCUCCUCCUCCCCGCCUCGGCGCUCCUCCUCCACGACGGCGUCGCCCGCGAAGGUCCGGCGCGUCGAGGCGCCGCCGCCGCCCUCCCGCGCUCCGAUGCCGCGCUCCGCGGGCGCGGGCGGCGGCGCGGGCGGCGGCGCGGGCGGCGGCGCGGGCGGCGGCGCGGGCGGCGGCGCGGGCGGCGGCGCGGGCGGCGGCGCGGGUGGCGGCGCGCAGCAGAGGUGGCCGUCGUCGCAGCUGAUGUCGCAGGCGUCUCCUCCAGCGCUGCCCAGCGCGGAGCUGCCCGAGCUUCCCGGCCUCGGCCCCGGCCUCGCUUUCGACCUCGGCCCCGGCCUCAGCCCCGGCGGGGGCGGCGCGUGCGGCGGCGGCGGCGACGGCGGCGGCGGCGUCGGCGGCGGCGUCGGCGGCAUCGGCGGCGUCGACGGCGGCGGCGGCGGCGGCGGCGGCACGGGGCAGCACGGCUCGGGGCAGUACAGCACGCCGCUGCAGACGGCAGGCUGCUCCGCGGAGCCUCCGCCCUUCCCCGACGGGUCGCUUGCGGGCGCGUCGCGGCCGCGAGCCGACUCGGACUCGCUGAUGCUCGACUUGGGCGAGAUGCUCCAGUUCUUCCUCCGCUCAAAGGGGAGGACCGCCGCCCAGGCCGCCUUCAAGCUGCGCAACAAGGAGGCGGCCCCCAACGACGACGACGAGUCUGAGCCGCCGACGCCGCGGUCUGCCGCAUCGGACGAGACCGAGGCGGCGGAGGCGACGGCGGAGGCGACGGCGGAGGCGGAGGCGGAGGCGAAGGCGGAGGCGAAGGCGGAGGCGAAGGCGGAGGCGAAGGCGGUGGCGAUGCCCGAGGCGGAGGUGGCGGAGGCGAAGGCGGAGGAGAAGGCUGCACGCACGACGGCGGCGGCGGCGGUGGCGGCGGGCGGCGGGGCGAAGGAGGGCGGCGGGGCGAAGGAGGGCGGCGGGGGCUUGUUGGCGGCGCCGCUCGGGGAGGAGGAGCUGGACAUGAUGCUGGACACGGAGGACGUGCUGCGGCUGCUGCGCGGGUGUGACUCCAAGUGGAGGACCGUGCGCGGCGGCGCUGUCCGCUUCUGCGCUUCGCUGCUCGGCAAGGUGCGGAUCGACUCGUAGGCGGCGGGGACGGGGGGGCGGGGGGGACGGGGGGGCGGGGGGGACGGGGGGGAGGCAACACGCUCGCUCUCUCAGACACUCUGCCUCUCUCUCCCCACCGGGGCUUGCAUGACCUUGGGGAGCAUGUGUCCAUUUCCGGCACUCGGUGUAUGUGUUGUCUCAGUGCGGGCGCUUCUCAAUCUCCAUUGAGCAUUGUUCAACUUCAUGUUCCUUCAGCAGAGCACUCGCUAACCAUAUUGC